AUGUCUGUUGCUCACAAAAAUCUUCUGGCUCUCUGGGCUAAAGAGCCAAAAGACUUGGUCGCAGUUGAGAAAGCUCUCAACGAUUUGACGACUGCUCUUAAUGGAUGUAAUGAUUUUAAUGAACAACAAUCGGCUUUGGCAUCUAAGGAUCUGUACGAAAUUUCAGUGCUCUUGGCAAUCCUCAAGCAUGAUUUCGACACCUUCGACGACUAUAUCAACCAGGCCCACACUUACUAUACGAUGGUUCCUGAAAAUUCCGAAAAUAAACACCUCAUGACUGGUCUUCACCUAAUGUUCUUGCUUGCUAGCAACCGACUUUCCGAUUUCCACAUGGUGCUUGAGCAAGUUCCUCAAAAGGAACAGACUUCCAACGCCUACAUUACGACACCAGUUCGCAUCGAGCAAAGUUUGAUGGAAGGUGCAUACAAUAAAGUUGUUCUGACUGAGAAAAACAUCCCGAGCCCAUUCUACUCUGUCUUCAUCCACAUCAUGCUCGACACCAUUCGUCGUGAGAUUGCUUCAUCAAUCGAGAAGUCGUUUAAAGUUUUAACCGCUAAAGAUGCUACAGUCAUGCUUCUUUUCGAUAACGACCAACAAAUGCUCCAAUACGCAGAAGAGAGAAAAUGGCAUUUGGAUGGAGAGCGUUUCGUUUUCGAAGUCGAAGUUGCUCAGGAAAAGCCGGUGAACCUUGACACUGUGCGAAUUGCCACUCAAACAAUCUUUUACGCGAAACAACUCGAACAAAUUGUCUAA